AAUUGGAGAUGGGUAGGGUUAGAGAGAAAACUAGUUUUAGAAGUCACUAUCCAGUAUUUGAGUUCUUAUUACUCAAUUGCUCUGAACCGUAGAACUCAUGGAGCGAGCCUGGUAAAAAAUAUCAGUCUGUAGGAGGCUUAAUAUUACCUAUACGUUCAAGAUGGAGGACCAGGAUGUUUAUGACAGACUCUUGGGGUCCCAGGCGGAUGGGGAGACGGUAGAAGAGAAAGAAGAAAAAAGUGAAGGAGAGGUUGAACCCAGGGCGUCUGGGUCAUGUGCUCAGAGUUUCUCCCAGUUUUCGACUUCUUUGCGCGCUGUGCAUCGCAUUAGACAGAAGUACCAGGCCAUGAAGAAACGGCGGCUGGAAUUGGCCGGACUGGAAGUAGGAGGACUGGGGUUUGGGGCUGGUUCCCUAACAGGGGCUCCUGUUCGUACAAGCCCCAAAAUCUUCACCUUUGAGGGUCUGACCCCAUCCAGUUCCUCCUUGGCCUUCUCCUCCUCACUCAUGCAAAAAAAGAAGAAGAGGUCACGGCGGGUCAUGUUUCCCAGUGGAGGGGGGUACAGGGCCCCUGUCAUAAAGGAACACAGCCGAGCCAGGCACUGCCUCUUCUUCCUCUGCACCAUCCUCUUCCUCCAGGUGUAUAAUGCCAUAGAGAACCUCGAUGACCACGUCCUGAAGUACGACCUCGAGGGAUUAGAGAAGACCCUGCGUAGGGAGGUCUUUGGGCAGCAGGGGGCGAUGGAUGCUCUGUUAGCCCAGCUUAGAGACUACCUCUCUACCUAUGUUCACAGUAAGCCGCUAGUCCUUUCCUUACACGGGCCCAGUGGCGUGGGGAAGAGUCACUUAGGGCGACUCCUGGCUGGACACUUCCGUUCUGUGGUGGGGGAGGCCCUGGUUCUCCAGUAUUAUGUGUUGCACCACUGCCCCCUGGAGGAGGACGUGUGGCGCUGUUCCCGAGCACUGUCGAUCUUAGUGUCGGAGAUGGUGCUGCAAGCGGAGGAGGAGGAGAAGAUUCCGGUGUUCAUCUUUGACGAGUCAGAGCAUCUUUACCCAGAACUUCUUGAUGUGCUGAGGGACCUGGUGCACUCCAAACGCUCCAGCGAAUACAUGAAUGCUGUCUACCUGUUCCUUAGCAACCACGGGCACACCCACAUAACAAAGCACCUGCUCUACAACUCAUCCAGUAACUUCAUGAUGUCCGCGUCAGGGACCUACGGCAAUCUGGUCAAGGAGCUGACCCCGCUGUUGCGAAACACUCUGGAGAAUGUCCACCCGCUGUGGGCAGAAGCUGAACUUUUACCCCUGACCCUCCUGGAGAAAAGCCACGUGGUGGAGUGCUUCCUGGACGAGAUGACGAGGGAGGGGUUCUACCCAGACCAUACCAACAUUGAAAGGCUGGCGGGGGAGAUAGAGUACUACCCAGCGGUAGGGGAGCUGGAGUAUGCUGUGACAGGAUGUAAACAAGUAGUGGCUAGAGUCAACCUGCUAUGAAACCCACUGUGGGAUGAUACGUAUGGAGAGUUACGUUUCAGAAAAAAAAAUUGGUCAGUUUCUGUGGUGCUCAAAAAACUGGUUUGGCCCACAACAUUUCGGAGCCUAAAGUAUUUUUAGUGUUUCUUGUGAUCCACCACCACCAUGCAAACAAUUCCAACGUUCCCAGUCACAGCCCACCUUGGGGGAUGGGAAAAACAUUGUUGUAAACUGGGAUUGAGGAGUAUCUCCAUGAUGAAGGCUUAUAAUUCUGAGUUGUUGUAAUGGUGUAAUACCGCUGUGCCCAUUCUACCACUACGCUGUUAAUCAAAUGUUGACUGACAGUGAUGCACAGGGGGACAGAUUAGGGAUUAGACCAAGACAGUCUGGUUGUGACAAUGACAACUGCAGGAGUAGGGAUAACACUAGGGUGACCACAUUUCAAUCAUCCUGAUGUGGAAGUAAAGUCCCCAUUGGUCAUGUUUCUGCUUUAACUAUAGUUUGGAACAUUUAGGUCCCAAUAUAUAUAGAAAAAACGGAUUAUACUUGUAAGUCCUUUGAAGGGACCUUUUAAAAACCCUUUCUUACUUAAUCCUAAACCAAACCACAAACCUGAAUUCUAACCGUAAAUCAAGCAUACCAGUGAGAAACUGCCAUGUUAAGUCUGGCAAUAUGUAUUUACUUAGCCUGAUUUACCAUGGAUUACCAUGUUUGAGAGGACUUCAGGUUCUCACAAGUAUAAUGACGUGAAUACACACACAAACACUCCUACACUGAAGGAGCUAAUUGAAUCGCACAUAACUCCCUCUGCCUUGUGCAACUUUUUGUGAUGUCGAAACGAGAAACCACAUAGUAUAUGUUACUGAUAUUUAGAUUUGCCUCCUUUUCCAUGUACAGCUGGAAUUCAUCCUAAAUGAUAAUUCAAAUGUUUUUGUAAUUGACAAUAUGACAUGACCAACUUGAUCUCAGCGGAAUAUGUAAUUAGUGUUCUUAAAUUUGCAUGACAUUUACAUUGUUAGGGUCGCCUACAUUCCAAUACGCUACUAAUUAGGGUUAAGGUAUCACAGUAAAGGGUUUAAGAUUAAUAAAAUGUCCAUGGAUUUGAAUUUGCAGCCACUGAUAUGGUUGGAGAUGUUUCUGUCUACUCACCAUCCUUGACCACAACACUUCCAAAAAGCUAUCCUGACUACAUGAGCUCACAGCUUCCCCUAGCAGAGACUGUGCCCUAACCAAGCGUCACAUAUCUUACAAAUUAGGCGGUCAAAAAUGUACGUAUACCUUGAAAUUACCAAUAUUGGCCUACGUUUGAUCUUGGGCGAGGAAUCCGUUUUCAGCACGUGAAGGACAUAUCCUUAAUUUUCUCCCUUCUUGCGGAAUAUUGCUGAAUUACAGCAAUAAUAGUUGGCAGUCAAACCGAUUCAAACCAACUGCAGCGCACUAACGCUGGAAAGUUACUUUCACAUUUGGUCAGUGUGAAAAAUAAAUAAUGACAAUGAAUUAGAUGGCACAGUGAUCACUACACUAUUCAGGGCAUGUUUACUCACUUGAACAGAAAUGUUGUGAACUGUGUAGAAUUUUAAAAACCAGGAAAUAAAAAAUAAAAACCAGGAAAUUGUCUAGGGGUUUGGUUUCCUGUCGGCCACUAUUCAUAUUGGCUGAUGGAGAGAGUGCAGCUCCCUCUAUCACUACGGAUAAAUUAUGGAUAUUAUGGAAACAAUACAUACAUUUGACAUAUGCUCCCUUAAACAUCUCCAGUACCAUUAUUUGUACUGUAUGGGCUGUCAUUAAGUGCAACAUGACAGCACAUACUAGUUGGACUGAAGAAAAUCUUUGUAAAAUAUUGGUGUUUAUUAAAUGUGUUGAUAAAAUGCAGGGGGAUAUAGUUUCAUUGAGGAACACAGGAAAAUACACCAAAUGUCAAAUGUCCCGCACAAUAAAGAUUGUGGUCACCCUAAGUUAGGCAGUACAUUGCCAGGCAGUAUUUGAUGUAUUGUAUACUGUUGACAGUAAAAAUAAUGUAUUGACUAAA